CCUCCGUCGCCGCUGUCGCCACCGCCGCCCCCCGCCGAGCGCCCGCCAUGCCCAACAUCGUGCUGUUCAGUGGCAGCUCGCACCAGGACCUGUCCCAGAAAGUGGCGGACAGGCUGGGGCUGGAGCUGGGCAAGGUGGUCACCAAGAAAUUCAGUAACCAGGAGACCAGUGUAGAAAUUGGUGAAAGUGUGAGAGGAGAAGAUGUCUACAUCAUCCAGAGUGGCUGUGGAGAAAUUAAUGAUAACUUGAUGGAACUUCUCAUUAUGAUCAAUGCUUGCAAAAUUGCAUCAUCAUCCAGGGUAACUGCAGUGAUCCCAUGUUUUCCAUAUGCCCGACAAGAUAAAAAAGACAAGAGUCGUGCUCCAAUUUCUGCAAAACUUGUGGCCAAUAUGCUUUCAGUGGCCGGGGCUGAUCAUAUCAUUACAAUGGAUCUCCAUGCUUCUCAGAUACAGGGGUUUUUUGAUAUUCCAGUGGAUAACUUGUAUGCAGAACCUGCAGUCUUGCAAUGGAUUCGAGAAAAUAUUGCAGAAUGGAGGAAUUGUAUUAUUGUGUCCCCAGAUGCUGGUGGAGCCAAAAGAGUGACAUCAAUUGCUGACAGACUGAAUGUGGAGUUUGCUUUGAUUCACAAAGAAAGAAAGAAAGCAAACGAGGUAGACAGGAUGGUUUUGGUUGGCGAUGUGAAGGAUCGUGUAGCCAUCCUCGUGGAUGACAUGGCUGAUACAUGUGGUACAAUAUGCCAUGCUGCAGAUAAGUUACUUUCUGCUGGAGCCACCAAAGUUUAUGCUAUUCUGACUCAUGGAAUCUUCUCUGGACCAGCUAUUUCCAGGAUUAAUAAUGCUGCAUUUGAGGCCGUGGUAGUCACAAAUACAAUUCCACAAGAGGACAAAAUGAAGCAUUGCUCUAAAAUCCAGGUUAUUGACAUUUCAAUGAUAUUGGCUGAAGCAAUACGGAGAACACACAAUGGUGAAUCUGUGUCUUACCUGUUCAGUCAUGUUCCACUAUAACUCCAGAUCAUGGCUUUCCUAUAGGCUGUGUACACUCAGUCUGUUUUUGUUUUUGUUUUUUUUUUGUUGGGACUCCACAGUAAGAUAAUUAAUGUUUAUUAAAACUUCAGUUGUUUAUACUUUAAGAUUCCUUUUUUCCUCUCUAACCUUUCCAACCUUCUUAACCCCUCCCUCCUUCCCCUACCCCAUUUUUUCCCUUUUUGAAUGAAUUGGCUUGUAUGGGAAAUGUCUGCAUUUUGUUUUGGUUUGGCAGAUAACUUUUUCCUUUACUCUUAUAUUACCUUGGAGCUGCAAUUGUAAGAGUGUAAUUACAUUCAGAAGUUUUUUAAUUUUAUGUAUCUGGGUUUGUCAAAGGUAACCCUGUAUUAAAGCAUUUCGUGUAUUUUAUUUAAUAAAAAUGCCUGUGGGCAUUUUGGUAAAAUCCCUGGUAUAUAGAAUUAGACCUUUUAUUCAGAAUAAACAUUAUUUUAGAGAAUUGUAGGAUACCUUGAAUGUUGACCUUUUUGUUAGUUGGAGUUCAAAUUAAUUUCUUGGACUUUACCUAGUUUAAAUAAAGUUUUGGUCAGCUUAAUGAUGGUCAUUGACCAAUUUGCUGAUGGAAAUUUGUAGACAAAUCAGUUAAGGACAAUGUAGUAUAAAUGAAUGUAGUUUUAUAUUACAUUUAAGUCGGCCGUCAUAUUGCUGUAAAUUUCUGCUAGUUUCUGAAAAAUAUUUCCAUGUCGGAAAAUUCCACAAUUAUUUCUGGCAUUAGAAUUAUUUAGAAAUUUCUAUAUAUAAUCUGUGUCAGAUUCUGAUCUCUAAAUUAAAUGGUCUGACGAAUUCCAACUGUUGUAGUGCAUUACAAAUUGUAAAGGGAAAUUGCACAGAAAAUCCCAACUCUUUAAAAAUGCACACUCCAUUCUGUCUUAUAGUAUUCUUUUAUAUAACAGUUUAGCUGCAACUUUUGCUUUUUUUUUUUUUCCAGCUAAGAAAAAAUGACAUUUCAAUGAUUGGACUCCAAAUCAUUGAACUUUCAAAUCAUUAAAUAUAGAGUAAUGUAUGCUCACACAGUUGACUAAGGCAGUAUUUAGGGCUUAAAUCCACUAAACCUAUUCAGUCUUUUAAUUUUUCUCUUUGACAUGAGUAAAGUUUGGAAUCAUCAGGACUAUUAAAUGUAUGUUUAUAUAAUGCCGCUUUCCCUUUUUUGUGGUUAGUGUACUUGUGUUAUUUGUCGUCUAAAAUAGUUAGAAGUCUUUAGCAGUUGAUUCAUUAAAUCAUCCCUAAGUGAAAAUAUUUAUCUGGAAGGCAGUAAUAAAGGAAAUCUGGAAAAAAUUAUUUGCAAGAAUAUUAACUUUUUGAUUAGAAUACCAGAUUUUUCCCAACCCUGUCAGUGAAGAGCUCACUAAACUAAUGUUUUGUUACAUGAAAAAUGACUGUUUAUACUUUUUUUUCCUAAUUCAGAAGUCAAAGGAAACUUGGAUGUUAAUACAGUGCCACUCUCCUUCCCCCCCAGAAAACAUCCUGAACAUUAUCUGGUCUUGUUUCUUAAUGCACUUUGGCUAGAUAAUAAGUCUGUAUAAUUCAGACCAAAAAAAAAGUUAUGUGCGGUUAUGUAGACCAACCUUAAUGGUAGGUAAUGCCAUUCUCCGAUCUUUUAGUUGAAAAUAACUAAUUUUGUUAUUUUCUUUUUUUUAUGACAGCAUUAUUUAGGAUUUUCUAUUCCAGCAUUGAAAGAAUCUUACUUCAGGUUAACAGACUUAAAAAGGAUAAUUUAUAUGACAUUUCAGUUGUUGACAUCAGUCUUACUGCAUCUUUCUGUGUAGUAAAAUGGUUUCCAAGAGAUAAUUCUAAAGUAAUCUGGCAAGAAAACUAUGCACUUACAGUUUAAAUGUUCAGAUUUGUGAAUAAUAGCUUGAUAACAUUGACUCUGACUUUUGAGUUCAUCUAAUAUGUUAAAAGAAGGGACCAAAUACACUGCUUUGGCUACUUAUACAAGAUAUCCCAAAAGACUUAGUGCAGUUAUUUAUGUUCUGUAUUGUUGGAGUGGAGUGAGAGUAGUAUAACUACCAUUCAGAAUACUUGAAACCCAUUGAAAUGAAAAUGUCCAGAACUGAUUUUGUCCUCUAGCACAAAACAGGAUGAAAUCUAAAUAGGCAGCCUGCUCUGAUGAGAAGUCCUUGUUUUAUCGUUUAUUUAACAUUAUUUUUGUUUUGCCUAUUUUUAAAAUAAAUUUAUGAUGUUAAAUAUGGCUGUGUUUACAUAUAUACAGGUAGGACCAGGUACAUGUGAAAGAUCAAAUAGUCUGUAAAGGUUGCUUCAAGAGAUUCUGAUAUUUUUAGAUUUUCUGUUUCCUGUGGGUCUAUCUAGAUUGGCCCAUAGUAAAUGAAACUAGCCAAGUCUUUCAUUUAAAUCCAGUUCAUCUACAUGCAUGUAGAACCAGCUUAUGCCACUUUCCAAAUAAUAGGACUAGGGAACCAUGAUCAUACCAAAGUUGCUCACCCCAAAACUUUGUCAUAUCAAUCAGUAAGUAUUUAUACCAUAUCUUUCCUUUAUUAGCUAUUGUUAAUGUCCAAGAAUUGUAUUGUUUGUGGUGCUUGUGUUGAUCAGGUCACUGUUACAAAAUGAAUUUCCUGUUAUUUCCUCUAAUAUUGUACUCAAGUAUUUUCAAUAAAAUUGUGUUGCAAAUUGCUCCUUU